AUGAUCCCAGCAUUUCUCUCCUUCUCAGUUUGCUUCUUCCUCCUAUCGUCGUCGGCGAUAUUGCCGGUUUUCUCGAGGAGCACUCUCCCGACAGAUCCCUGCGAUGCGGCGAAUCAGCCGGAGCGGCGAACUCUCCGGGCGGAUCAAAUCACCGUGCUGAUCAACGGCUACUCUGAGUUCCGCAUUCCACUCCUCCAGCAGAUCGCCGCCACGUACUCCGCCUCUCCGCUGGUCUCAACCGUCGUCGUCCUCUGGGGAAACCCGGCCACAUCGGCCCAAACUCUGGCCCAAUUAGCCCACAACCUCACCGUCUCCUCCUUCGGCCCAUCCACCAUCUCCCUCCACCGCCAACAUUCAGACAGCCUGAAUUCCCGCUUCCUCCCCUUGCCCUCAAUCAACACUCGAGCCGUGCUGAUCAUCGACGACGAUGUGGAGGUGGACGCCAAGUCGUUCGAGUUCGCGUUCCGGACAUGGAAAUCGAACCAGGACCACUUGAUCGGAUUCUUCGUCAGGUCGCACGACAUUGAUCUGUCGACGAAGAAGUGGAUCUACACCGUGCACCCGGAAAGGUACUCGAUCGUGCUGACCAAGUUCAUGAUUCUCGACCGACGGUACUUGUUCGACUACAGCUGCAGCGGCGGGGAGGCAAUGCACCGGAUGAGGAGGAUCGUCGACGAAAUGCGCAACUGCGAGGACAUACUGAUGAACUUCGUGGUGGCUGACAGGACAAAUGCGGCUCCUUUGCUGGUGGGUGCGCAGAAGGUGAGGGACUGGGGAGAUGCUCGUAAUGAUGCGAGCAGUAUUGAUGGAAGAUGGUCGUGGGGAUUGAAAGAGGGCGAGGCUCGGAGUAUGGUGAGGAAGGUGGGGUUGAGUAGUAGGGGAGUGGAGCAUAGGAAGAGGAGAGGAGAGUGCAUAACACGGUUUCAUAAGGUUCUGGGGAGAAUGCCGUUGAGGUAUGGGUAUGGGAAGUUGGUUAAUUCGGUUGGGGAGCAAGGCUUGUGCAUGAAAGGUGGUAGAUUAGUGUUCUGUGACCAGCAGUAG